AUGCACGGUUUGCGUCACCUUCAACUUGGCCAGAACCAGCUCACCAAUGAUGGCUUGAGGGAGAUUCUUGACUCUUGUCCUCAUCUCGAGUCGCUCGAUCUGCGCCACUGUUUCAAUCUUAAUCUGGAGGGAGAUUUGGGAAAAAGAUGCACUGAGCAAAUUAAACAAUUGCGGCUUCCCAAUGAUUCCAGUGAUGACUAUGAAUUUCCUGCUACGCCAUAUGGUUUUGCUAAUUUUUGGGAGUAUAUUGGCUCUAAUGAUUGUGAGGAUCCUAAUUGUUAUGAUGAUCUUAAUGAUUACACGUAUGAGGCUUAUAAUGACCAAGGCUUCUCAGAUGAGAUAGCCAAUGACUACGAAUUUCCUUAUGGAUUAACUGAUGCUGGUCGUGACUGCAAGGACUGUGACUGUUCUGCUUGA